ACUGGCUGGGAGCCGUAAGGAGAUGCUUCGGCGCCCGCUGCAGCUGCUGGUGCUGGCUCUGGCGGCGAUGGCCUGCCGGGCCUACCCGGGCGGCGUCCCAGCCGUGGCCUGCGGCGACAUGACCCCGGGUCACGGCGUGCCGGCCCAGCAGUCCGACAUGAUAUACAAUGUGACUGUGUCCGGUGACAGCGUGCAGCCGUCCAAACGUGUGAAGGUGACCAUCAGACGAGGCAACCAGCCGCCGUUUAAGGGCUUUUUCGUGCAAGUUCGGCGCGCCCGGGACCCGGACUCGUCGCCGGCGCUGGGCCGCUUCUUCACGCGCCAGCACCUGACGGUGUCGUGCGAGCCUGGCCAAGACAACGGCAUCAGCCACCUAGACAGCAAGGAGAAGGAGGCGGUGACGCUGCUCUGGCAGGCCCCCGGCGACCUGGACGAGGAUGUCGUGUUCCGCGUCACCGUGGUGCAGAAGCACGACACCUUCUGGGUGGGACACAACACGCCUCGACUGCGGCUCGCCCGGGCGUCCGACACCACCGCCGAUACUCGGGUUCCCGCUCCAUCUCCGGCUCCGGCGCAGGCGGAGGGUGGCGCCGACCGGCUGUCCCCGCGGGUAGAACCGUCCGCCGCUGCCAGCGCGCCUCCGGCUCCCCCCACCAGCACCGUCCCGCCGCCGGCUAGCACCGAGGCCGUCUGCACUGAGAACUGCGGCGGCGCCAGCUCGGAGGCGAGCGCCAUCGCCACCAUAUACGACGCCUGCCUGCUCAGCAAGGGCUGCUUCACGCGCGCCGACAGCUGCAUCGAGGGCCGCAACUGCGACCUGAUGGUGACGUACGCGCGCCGGCCGGACGGCGCCUACCGGCUGCAGCUGUACGGCAAGCACCAGCCGGCCGAGUACCUGGCCAUGGGACUCUCUAGGGACGCGGCCAUGGGGGACGAUGCAGUUAUCUACUGCACGGACCGCCCGGGCGGCGGGUACCAGAUCAAGCACGCCCACAACAAGGGAAAACAGUCAAAUCAGCAGAACGCCACAUCCGCGGGCGGUGAGCUGGUGACCGACUUCUCCAGCGAAUACCGCGACGGCUUCCUGCUGUGCGAGUUCACGCACGCGGCGCGCUUCUCGGUGGGCGACGAGACGGCAGACCUGGCCUCGUCCGACCUGCACCUGAUGGUGUCGAGCGGCGCAGUGGAUGCCGACGGCGGGCCUCGCUACCACCAGACGUCGCGGCGCGUGAGCGGUCAGCCGGUGGAGCUGGCCUCGGCCCGGCAGGCGACCGGCGACAGUGGCCUGCUGUUCCGCGUGCACGGUGCGCUCAUGCUGACUGCUUGGGUGGGCACGGCGAGCACGGGCAUGCUGCUGGCGCGCUACUACAAGCAGACGUGGGUGAGCCGCAAGCUGGCCGGGCUGGACCUCUGGUUCCAGGGCCACCGCGCUCUGAUGGUGAUCACAGUGCUGCUGACGCUGGCCGGCCUGGCGUGCGUGGUGUGGCAGGUGGGCGGGUGGACGACCACGCCGCUGCUGGCCGGGCCGGCCGCCAGCCCGCACCCGCUGCUGGGCGUGCUCUGCGUCUGCCUGGCCGUCCUGCAGCCGCUGAUGGCGCUCUGCCGCUGCCACCCGGGAACGCCUCGCCGCGCCCUCUUCAACUGGCUGCACUGGACGGUCGGCUCGGCGGCGCACAUCCUGGGUAUCGCCACCGUCUUCUUCGCCGUGCAGCUGCCGGCCGCUCAGCUGCCUGACUGGGCUUACUGGGUGCUCGCCGCCUUCGUGCUUUUCCACGUCGCCGUGCACCUCGUGCUGUCGAUGCAGCAGUGCUGGUCAGACCGCACUCUGAGCGGACAGAAGGGCCACGCCGAGGCGUACAACAUGCGAGACAUGGGCAUGAACAGCUACCACGCCUAUCAGACUGAUCGGCCUCAGGAGGCGCCCGGUUCAACGCUGCGGCGAACGGUGCUUGGCAUCUACAUCGUAAUCAACCUGCUGUUCGUGACGCUCCUGGUGUUGAUGGUGGUCCUCGCGCCAGCAGAAAAGUGGAUCGACAAGAUUCUCUCGUAGAUAUACUCAAGCCUGCUUUAGAUCAGCGCGAUCGCACAGUAUUCAAGUGCGAUGACAGCAACACGGCGCGAUCUUGCAGACCGGCUCUAUCCCGUCGUAAAUUAGCGCGUUCCCGGUACUGAUCGGCGUGGUCCUUUCAGUCGGCGCGAUCGCGCUGUAGACGAGCGCGACUCGCGGGUCGGCUCGGCCCUGUUAUAGACCGGCGCGGCUCUGCGCCGCGCCGACGCCGCUAUCCAUUCGCGUGUCCGCCCCGCUCAGCCGUGCAGGAAGUGUCUGCACCGAGUGGUGUGUGCUUCCUGUGGCCUGAUCUCGCGGUCUGGGCGAUAGCUGUCUGUCUGUGUGUGUGUGGGCGGGCCGGCGGCGAGGCCCGCCGCCGCCCCGUCCCGCCCCCGCGUACGUGGCCGGUCCCUCGCCGGGGAUCGACGGUGCCGGCGGCUGAGGAGGCCUGGCAGUGGGUUGGACGCUGUAGAGACCUCGCCGCCGUCAGCCCGCUGCCUCGGCGGGGUGACUGACUCGCUGUUAAGCCGCACGGUCCCGGUGUUGAUAAUCUCGCUGCUGCUGUUGACAUUAUGCGGGCUCUUAGCGCGCACCGUGUUAUGUGUAGUGGCAUGACAUGUACUCAUCCGUCCACGUGGGCUGUAGACGUUGAGUGCGCCAACUGCAGUGGUCCUGCCACGGUACGGACCAAAGUCAGUACGUACCCUGGCGAGUGUACUUGCCCCAUUUAUCGAAUCACGCGUGCGAUGCUUAUUUCUUUGACAAUGCGCACUUCGGUGGCAGUUGGUCGGGCGUUGGUCGUAAAAGUUCAGUCUGAGGACAAUUUAAGCAGCCCACGCUUUAUGUUAGUUCAAAGAGACUUACUCGACGGGUUGUGAAUGGAACAAACGCGCACAUGAUCAAUGCAGUAGACAUUUUACGUUACGUGCUUUUCCAGUGCCUACGCUGCAUAUACAAACUAUUGCGUCCUUCGUCUGCUCUGCUUGUGUGAUGCUGUUGGAGAGGAGGGAUGACAUAUGUAAUGUCCAUUUGUAAUAUGCCCUACACGGGAUGCAUACUCAAAAGAAAAUAUUCCCUUCUUGACCAGUGCUUUGAUAAUACGAUUUCAUUUAAAAGGGUGGCAUUUUGUAAAAGUGAGACAUGCCUGUUGAACCAUGAUCUGCUGCAAUCGAAAUAUAUCCGUCCAUUUUUACCUUGCAUGAUGUGUAAUAACGCUUCCGAGUUUUAAUGUCAAUGUUUUGAAUAAUGUGGGGAUUAAUACACGUGUUAAGCCUCU